CACAAAGAUCUGUCUUCCUCCUCCCCCUCAAGAAAACGACGAACCUGAAAAACCUUCUCAGGGUUCUCGGAGCUUCAUUGCAGAAUGGACUUAGCCUCCAAAUUUCUUCGAACUGUGACCAAUGCCACCAACAACAACACCCUUAUCAACGUUUGUUUGGUCCUUUCCUUUGGGGCACUGAGCGCAAGAUCGAUCAAGCAGCAGAGGGAAAUUGAAGCUCUGGAAGCCGAGAAAGUUUCACUUCUGAAUUCCAAUAAAGCGCUGAAGAAAACCAUGUGGGAUUGGAAGCAACAGCUCUUCGCCGAAGCCUCAACCGACUCCGCUUUGGUCCCCCUCGCCAGGAUCAAAGCCAUCUAUGGCGAAGCUCCGAUUUCCCCUUCCGGAGUAGGGCAUGUUGCAACCGAAGAUGCAAAUUCACAAGGCUCCAAACUUAUGGUUUAAUGUUAGUUUACUCUAGUUUUUGAGGUUUUGUUUCCUUGGUUCACGAAAUUGCAUAUUGUAUGCUUUAGGCUAAAAUAAAAUAAUGCAGGGUAUUAGGAAUUAGAUUUUCCAAAAGUACUACCAACUUAACUUCAAUGACAGACAGAUAUACGAUUCCCUCACAUUGUCAAAAAGAAAAAAGAAAAAAUCCUUUUCAUUUGUCAUUAAUUCCUCAAGAAUAAAACAGCUAUAUAAUCUUGUGGCCACAA